AUGCUUCCUCCUUAUCUUAUCUCCCAACCGGACGCGGCACGUUUCUUUAUUUGUGUGCAAUUAUGCCCCGAGGUACCGUCGGCAGCGGUAUCCUCUUCUGGCUCGUCAACAACAACAGCGCUAUGUGGUCCAAACUCCGUAACCACAAGCAACACUCCGACAAAUGACCGUAGCGGCAGUCGUUCUGGAUCACCUCCAACACAAUUCAUGGGUCCUACGCCACCAAACCACGGCGUGGCAGCUCCUCAUCAGAAGAAUCUCGCGCGCGUUCAAGCAACGGCUCCUCCAGUGGUUACUUGCUCGCCGUCUUCGUUGUCAACUCAAAGUGUAGCUCCACAGAUUGCAACUAUCGGAGCUAAUGAACACACUGAUAGCAGUGCCGAGGUGCUCUCGGUUUUCGAAUGUCCUGUUUGUCUGGAAUACAUGUUGCCUCCGUAUCUACAAUGUCAAGCUGGCCACCUAGUUUGUGGUAAUUGCCGCCCCAAACUGCAAUGCUGUCCCACGUGCCGCGGACCGACACCCAGUGUUCGUAAUCUUGGUCUCGAGAAAAUUGCUAACACGGUUCGAUUCCCGUGUAAGUUCGCUUCAUCUGGAUGUCCACUAUUCUUUUAUCAUUUUGAUAAAGUCGAACACGAGGAAACCUGUGAAUGCCGUCCAUAUAGUUGUCCUUGUCCUGGAGCUGCUUGCAAGUGGCAAGGAGCUUUGAAUGAUGUCAUGGACCAUCUCAAGAAAGUUCACAAGAGCAUAACUACUUUACAAGGAGAGGAUAUCGUAUUCCUUGCAACAGAUAUCAAUUUGCCAGGAGCUGUUGAUUGGGUUAUGAUGCAGAGCUGCUUUGGCUAUAACUUCAUGCUAGUCCUAGAAAAGCAGGAAAAAUUCGACCACGGGCAACAAGUUUUCUAUGCCGUCGUGCAGCUUAUUGGUGCUAAAAAGGAAGCCGACAAUUUCAUGUAUCGAUUGGAGUUAUCGACACAUCGUCGUCGUCUCUGUUGGGAAGCGACACCACGUUCAAUUCAUGAAGGCGUUGCUCAUGCAAUCCAGCUAUCGGACUGUCUUGCGUUUGACACUCCAACCGCUCAGUUGUUUGCAGAAAAUGGUAACCUCGGAAUUAACGUUACCAUCAGCAUGGUAAGUGGUUAA